CGUGGGUAAUUCAAUGGUCGCAGUCAUAACUUGGUUGAGGUAACAGGAGACCAGCCACGGUACCGCAUGAAAUUUCUACAUCAACAAAGCAAAAAAUAUCAUAAAUCCUGCAUGAAAGGUGGAUUCUAUUGCAAGUUUUGUAGUCGCGUCACAAAAAAUUUGAUUUCAAGAGACGCUAGGUUGCUGAACUCGGUACAGUGAACAAGCUACUGUGCAAGUUAGACCUUGUUCCUGCGUUGUUUAGAGCUUGUCUCUGCAUAUGUUUCAUGCUUCUUUUGAAACGUGUUUUCUGCGCACGAACAACACGUUUUGAAACAUGUUUCAUGAAACUGCGAUAAGAGCUAUUCUGAGACAAUACAGAUAACGAAAUCGAGAUUCGUGUUAAAAGAGAGAGGAUGAAAAGAGACAUGAUAAGACGAGAGCAAAUAGAUACGAGAGGAUGAUAAGGCAAGAGAUUGCUUAGACAAGAUCGCGUCUGUCGCUCCCAGUCACGUGGCGUCCCAAGUCCCAGCGCUGCGCGGUGUAGGUUGCUAAGCAAGUUAUGGUCGCGCCAGGCGCUGUACAGUCGCCUCGUCGGAAUAAUAUAUGAGUAAAGUGAAUGACAACCGAGGCAAAGUGUAUGGCAACAGCGCUAAAGUAAAUAACAAUUUGUUCUCGAUUGUUUCUAGCUUUUUUCUCCGUCACGCCCGGCAAAUUUUCCUGGAGGAUGGCCCCGGAUAUCAAGGUGCAGUUCGUGCCAUGUACGGGUGACGUCGUCGUUCUCUCGCUGCCCUGGUCCGACGUGCGGGACAUACAGGCCCUCACCCACAAGGUACACGCUGCUGCUGCCGUGCCCCCAGACACCCACGUCCUCGUCGGGAGGCUGGACGACGCUGGAGUCUUCAGGGAACUGGGGGACGACGCCCCUGCCCCUCCUGACGCCUCUCUGCUGGCGCUCGAGGCACCAGCGCUGAAGUCAAGCGCUUAUUUCUUGGCCGUGGUGAACGUGGGCACCCCCCAACUGGUCCACCCCCCCACCUCCAUCCCCCCCGUGCUGCCCUUCUCCCUCCCCCUACUGCGCACCCUCAACUACGAUCAGAUUUAUGACGCGGUGCUGGCCAGGCUUGGGGCGCUGUGCCCCCCGCCCCCUGAGGAGGUGAACGGACGCCCUUGGUGGGUAUGGGACGACCCACAGCACCAACAGGAGCGGCAGGCCCGAGGAUACCCUGAAGAAGAGUUUGUUAUCUGGAUAACCUGA